GAACCUUGCUGGUCUAAUUGUUUAUUUUUUGCGUGUUAUUUCUGCAUGUUUGAAUUAAUUUUCAAGUUUCCUUGCGUUUUUGGUCGGGCUGCGGUUUUUCGCUAUCCACCGAUGUUUUAAUUUAUUGAUAAGCACUACGUUCUUAAAACAGAGACAAACGGUUUUAUUUCUAUCUAUUCGCAUUCGAAUUUAACGUUAGCGGUGAAUCAUAUGAUAAAUUUAAACGCAAAUUAACAAAAGUGUUGGUCAUCUUGCCUGCUCAAUUUAACACAAUCAUUUUCAAUUAUUUACAGAUUACAAAAUCAAUCAUAUAAAUAAACACUACAAUGCGUGAAUACAAAAUUGUGGUACUUGGGUCUGGUGGUGUUGGCAAAUCAGCUUUAACAGUGCAAUUCGUUCAGGGGAUCUUUGUAGAAAAAUAUGACCCAACCAUCGAAGACAGUUAUAGAAAACAAGUCGAAGUCGAUGGCCAACAAUGUAUGUUGGAAAUUUUGGAUACGGCAGGCACAGAGCAAUUUACUGCGAUGAGGGAUUUGUACAUGAAAAAUGGACAGGGUUUUGUUUUGGUCUACUCGAUAACUGCACAAUCAACCUUUAAUGAUUUACAAGAUUUAAGAGAACAAAUUUUACGAGUGAAGGACACGGACGAUGUGCCGAUGGUGUUAGUUGGAAACAAAUGUGAUUUGGAAGAGGAAAGGGUCGUUGGAAAGGAACAAGGUACCAACUUGGCACGUCAAUUUAACUGUGCCUUCAUGGAAACCUCAGCCAAAGCGAAAAUAAAUGUUUAUGAGGUAUUUUUCGAUCUGGUUCGACAAAUCAACAAAAAAUCUCCGGAUAAUCCACCGAAAAAAAAGAAGAACCCGAGCUGUGUUCUUCUCUAACUCUGUAAUCAUUUGAACCAAAAAGUACAUAUAAAAGAUUUGAAGACUAUGUAAGACAAAGUGUAUAGGCAUUAAGGCAUGUGCGGACAUAGGGCCUUGCAGUGAACAUUAUUUAAAAAAACGUUCUGUAUAUCAUAUUUUUUAAUUUUUAAGUAAUUGUAAUAAACAUUAAUUGAUUUUCGGAAAAAAUUAAUAGUUAUGAAAUAAUAUUCAAGUUUGUUGGUUAUCUAGUUGCAAUUUUUUAGUGAUAGGGUAUUCAAAAUACUGCCAAUUAUGGUGUCAAAUAGAGAUAGAAAUUUGUGGAUUAGUGGUGUUACAAUUUAUUUUCGAGUCAAGACUAUCUGAAAGGACAAUACUUAAUGUUUCAGCCACUGUAGUCUUCAUUAAAUAAUAUAGCAAAUUAAUUUUAAUUUUCCACCACAGCAAAGUUGCUCAGGAAACAUUGAUUGGAUGGUUGUUGAUUUUAUUGCUGUUUUUGACUGAUCACUGUGAUUUUCAGAAAUCUUUUUAAUAUUCCAUUGAAUCAGUAUUUAUUGUUUCGUCAGUCUUAAAUAGGUGGCCAAAUUCAGUAGCUUAUUAAUAAUGGGACCACUAAAUUGUUUAAAUUAAUUUCGUCUUAAAAUCAUCCAAACAAUAUUUCCUAAUACCAACUGCCAAUUAUGAAUUAUAAAAUUUUUGAUAUGGCGCUAUUAUGAAAUUGGUUUUAUAAGCUUUUGAUAUCCGUUAGUGUCGAAGUCAAUAGUGCCAUUAAUUAUAAUACAGGGUGUUCACACUUCACACUAGUUCUGAUUCUGAUUACUUUUUUCGCGACACCCUGUAUCGACGACAUAUUUCAAGUUCAGAGUUUAGAGAUAAAUAGCAGCGGUAUUGAAGCAGAAAAAUUAUUCUAUAACUGUUAGAUGUAUUAUUAUAUUUGAAUGGAAGUAGUAGUUUACAUACAUUUUUGGACAAGUUGUGAUAGCGAUCCCCUUUGGUGCUUGUCUUAAUAAAGUGAUUCUCACUAUAAAACCACUAAUUUGUACUGGGCAUGCGUACAUUUCACACAUUCGUGUCGGUGUGGCUUGAAAUAUGUAUUUUCUCUAACCAACUUUAUUUGGUGCUUUCUUUAAAUUGUAUUCAAUUCAUAAUAUUUUCUUUAAUUCAUUAAAAUAAUUUUAAAGUUAAGCUGAAGUUUUGUCAUACUUUUUCUUUAUGUCAAUACAAUCACUGUUGACUAAUUCUUUUUUACUGUAGAUAGACAAAUAUUUAAAUUAUUGAGUAUAAAAUGAAAGUAGGGCAAAAUAUAAGUUAUAUAUUUUUGUGUAUUUUGUUAUGUUUAAAUAUCCUAAGUUCUGCUAAUAAACGAUAAAUCAAUAUGCAAGUUAUUUUUAAACCUUGGUGCUAAUUCAAUUCGAAAUACCUGACUUAACUUCGGUUUAACUUUCCAUAAUUAGAUGUAUAUACAAACUUUAUAGUUAUAUGAUUUUAGGAUUAAUUUUAGUUUGUAUAAAUAUAAAAAGGCGUACUGCUUCCGGGUUUUCUCUUAUACUAUAUAUAUAUUUUCUUGAAUAUAAUAAUUUAUAAAGGGUUGCAGUACAAUUGUAUGCGUGAAACAUCACCAUUAUUUUUUUAAGUCAUACAAGAUACAAACGAAAAGCAUAGGUUACACAGGGUCUCAGUGCCAAUUCAAAUAUUUUCAGUAAUACAUGUAUCAUUAGGCAUAGCACAUAUAACUGAAAAUAUUUGAAUUGGCAUUUAGACCCUUUGUAAUGUAUGGCUUUUAAAAUGUGAGUAUGCUACAUACAUAUAAUGUAAAACGUCUCUCCACAGACACAAACAACCAAUGCAAUGUAAAAUAUACUUACACUAAGGACUUAAGAAAAAGUUGCGCGCCAUUAUCAGAGAUCCAGCAAAUCUCUUGUAAAUAAUGUAAAUUGAAAUUUUAAUAAAAUGUUUUGUAUUAUUUAACUUUUUCUUAUAGCUUACGUAACAUAGUGUAAGUAUAUUUGAUAAUUUUCAACAAUCAAUCAUUUCUUUAAUUGUCUCGCCGAAGAAAACAACAAAUUUAUUUCCCUUGAAAUUGUGAUAAAUUUAAUAACAAUAACGAUUUGUGAUUGUGGAGGGUUUUAAGCUCUUAUUUCGCACUUGCCUUGCACAAAAAAUAAAUAAUAAUAAUAAUAAAAAAGCGGUACCAAAAAAGCAUGUAUGCAAUUUUAAGCCGCUUGCCAAUAUUUGAAAAGUUAUGUUAAAUAUAGUUAAUAUAUACAUAUUAUAUAUUUUGUAACUCACUGAACUUUUUUAGAUUUCAAUCACAAAUUAAUGUCAGUUGACAAUUUCUUCCCAUUAAGCAAUUAAUUAAAAAAAAAACGUUGUAUAAAUCUUGUUGUUUUUUAAAAUAAAUGUAUGUUAAUGUAUUCUAAUAUCCACGCUAAAUAUAAUUAACAUUCAGUAUU